AUGAGUAGUUCAUAUGCGUACUACAGCUUUCCACCAACUCCUACAAGAUCAUCGCCUGCGAGCGUAAGAACAAAAAGACCACUAUCGCCGGACUCUACCAAAUCGGCAAGCAUGGCACCUUCUCCAGCUGCAGGUAAAGGUGUCCCGAAGACGCCAACAAAACUUGCCAAGAAACCACAGGAAGCCGCUUCAGGCACAGCAGAAAAGGCGCAAGAAGCUGUCUCAGAUGUUGAAAAGAAGGCACAAGAUCUGCCCAAAGAGGCUAGCAAGGUCGAAAUGAAGGAUUCAAGUGAAGCGGGCGACACUAUCUCGGAAGCGGGAGGAAAGGUAUCCCAAGCUGGUGGAGAGCUUCAGGAACAGGAGCCGAAACCAGUGUCUGACGAAUCUUCAGAGGAUGUUGCCUCAGAUACACAGAAAGACCUUGAAGACACUGCUGACGACAUUACCGAGAAGGCAGGAGACAUGGGUGAGGAGACCGAAGCUACAGAGGAAACCGAAGAAACAGAGAAUGAGCCCGCUGAGGACGCAAAGAAAACAGGCGGUGGCGUCAUGGAUACCGCUAAAGGUCUUGCUGGCAAGGGCGCUAAUCUUGCGGGCAAGCUCGGUCAAGCUGACCUGGAAGGUCUAACCAGCAGCGCUAAAGAUACAGCUGGUGAAGCUGCGGAAGGAGUACAACAAACAGCCCAGGAUCUCCCAGAGACAGCUAUUGAGGGCGUUCAGGGACUUAAGCAAACCGCUGAUGGAUUGGUCCCAGAUUUGUCCAUUCUUAAAGGCUUAGAAGUCGACGCUGAAGGUCUAGUGCAUGAUAAGGACGGAAAAGCUAUCGGCCGACUUGUAGAAGGAGACGCUGAAGACCUCGAAGGCUACCAAAUUGGAGACGACGGAGAGAUCCUUGACGAUGACGGCGAUCUCGUUGGUCGCACCGAACUCUUGCCUGACACAGUUAAAGACCUGAUCGAAAAAGCCAAGUCUAGGGCAGAAGAAGGAGUUGCAAACCUUCCGGGUGUUGAAAUUCUGGAAGGAUACACAGUAGAUGCAGCAGGCCAGAUUUUGAACGAGGAUGGUGAUACGAUCGGCUAUCUCACCGAAGGUAACCCUGCUGACUUACAAGGAAAGACCUUUAACGAACAUGGCGAGAUCCUUGACGAUGAAGGAAAUGUGAUUGGUCGAGCUCAAGUCCACCCUGACGCCGCAGGUCUUUACGAGACAGCGGAAGAUGCCGCAGGAGAGGUUGAAGAAGGCGCUGAGGAUGUCGCUGAUGAGGCUGGUGAAGGUGCUGAGGACGUUGCUGAAGGUGCUGAGGGCGCCAUCGAUGAAACUGCCGAGGAUGCUGGCGAUGCCAUUGAAGAAGCUCAAGAAGCAGAGCUGCCAGGUAUUGAGGCCCUGGAAGGUCAGGAAAUCAACUCUGAAGGCCAAGUCGUUGAUGCUGAAGGAAAUGUGCUUGGUGAGCUCGCCGAAGGUGAUCUAGACCAGGUCAAGGGCAUGACUAUCAACGACAAGGGCGAAGUGAUCGACGAAAGUGGCAACGUCAUUGGCAAGGUUCAACUGGCUGAAGGUGCUGAAGAAAAGCUUGCAGAUCUCGUCCCGAAGCUCGACCUCCGCAUUCUCGACGGUCUCAAAGUCAACAAAAAAGGCAAAAUUCUUGACGAGGAAGGCGAGCCAAUCGGUGAACUCAUUGACGGUGAUGCCGCUGAGUGCGCCGGUAAAAAAGUUAAUGAUAAGGGAGAAGUUCUUAGCAAAGACGGAAAAAUUAUUGGCAGAGUCAAGGUCGUUCCUGGCGAGGCCGCUGAAGAGGCCACUAAGGCAAUGCUUGAGCGUCUUGGCGAAACUGAGGAAUCAGGUACUUUUAUUCCAGGCCUUGACAUCCUUGACGGUCUCAAGGUGAACAAGAAGGGCAAGAUCUUGAACGAAGAUGGAGAAGAAAUUGGCGAGCUUGUUGACGGCGAACUCUCUGAAUGUGCAGGGAAGAAGUGCAAUGACAAGGGAGAGGUUCUCGACAAAAAAGGAAAAGUCAUCGGCCGUGUCAAGACACUACCACAGCAAGUGGAAGAGGGUGCCCAGGAGGCCGAGGAAGAGGCACCUGAGGCUAUGGAAGAGGCAAUUGAAGGCGUGGAAGAGGCAACUGAGGAGCUGCCACCACUUUCUAUCCUCGAAGGACUCAAGGUCAACAAAUCAGGCAAGAUCAUUGACGCCAACGGGAACGUUGUCGGUGAGCUCGUUGAAGGCGACGCCAAGAAACUCUCCAAGGCCGGUGUUACUUGCGACGCUGAAGGUCAGUUCUGGGAUAAUAAGGGCCAUGUGAUUGGCCGCGCUAAGACUCUACCUAUCGAGGAGGCUGAGGAAGAAGCACCAUUUGCCGGUCUCGAGGGGUUGAUUGUGAACAAAGAUGGCUAUGUGCAAGACGAAAACGGCAACAUUGUUGGCCAAGUUGUCGAAGGUGACGCAAAAAGGUUGGCUGGUAGAACCGUUGAUGAAGAUGGCGAUAUCCUUGACAAGAGAGGCUCAGUUGUGGGCCAUGCAGAAAGGAUUCAAGAUGAGGAAGCGCCUGUCGAAGCUCCAGUAGACCUCUCAUUCCUUGAAGGAUUGAUUGUGAACAAGCAGGGCAAUGUUAUCGGCAACGAAGGCGUUCCCGUCGCUCGACUUGUGGAGGGUAACCCCAAGGAAUGCGCAGGUAAGAAGCUUGACGCUGAAGGUCAACUCUGGAACGACCGUGGCCAGGUAAUUGGCCGUGUCGAACUCAUCCCGGAUAGCGAAAGAGAAAACAAGCCGGAGGGUAUCUUUGGUGGCCUGCAAGGCCUACGAGUUGUUCAGGGCGGCUUUAUUGCUGAUGAAGAUGAGAACAUUGUCGGUCGUAUCGUUGAAGGUGACCCCAAGCGAUUGGUGGGCCUUCACGUGGACGAGGAUGGAGACAUUCUCGACAAGUAUGGCAACGUAAAGGGUCAUGCCGAACCUAUGGAGGAUGAGCCAGAGAAAGAGCCUGAUGAUCUAUCGAUACUCGAAAAUAAGGUACUCAACAAACAAGGAUAUGUCGUUGACGAAAACGGCAUUCCUCUCGGUCGACUCGUCGAAGGCAACGUCAAAGAGCUGGCCGGUCGUCGCUGUGACGAUCAAGGCCUGAUCCAUAGUGAUACUGGCAAAGUUGUCGGUCGCUGUGAGCUUAUUCCAGAGAACGAACGUGUCGCCCGUCCGGAGGGGCCUUUUGCAGGUUUAGAAGGUCUCCGGGUUAUCAAAGACGGAUAUGUCGCUGAUUCCGAUGGGAACGUGGUUGGCAUCAUCACAGAAGGAGAUCCAAAGCGUCUUGUCGGAAAUGCUGUUGAUGAGGACGGCGACAUUAUCGACAAGUACGGUAAUGUUAAGGGACAUGCGGAACCAUAUGAAGAGGAAGAGGAGGCCCCAGUCGAUCUGUCAAUCCUUGCUGGCUGCACAGUAAAUAAGCAGGGUAAUGUUGUCGACGCCAAUGGAGCAAUUGUUGGUCGCGUUGCUGAAGGUGACGUGAAGACCCUCAUCGGCAAAAAGGUCGACGGCAAAGGUCAGAUCUGGGACAAUGCAGGCAAUGUCGUUGGUCGUGCCGAACUUGUUCAGGGCGUUGAUUCUGGUCCUGAGGGCCCCUUUGCUGGAUUUGACGGUGCUACUGUUCAAAAGGACGGCACGGUCACCACUCCAGCAGGUGACAUCAUUGGCCGUAUUAUUGAAGGAGAUAUCAAGAAACUUGUCGGCCACAAGGUAGAUGAAGAUGGCGAUAUCACCGAUAAGAACGGAAACACGAUUGGCAAAGCCGAACGCUGGGAGCCUGAAGAGAAGGAAAGGCGUAUCAAUCCAAUGGCUGGUCGUCGAGUCAAUAAGGAUGGCGAAGUUCGCGAUGAGAAUGGUGAUCUCAUGGGCCGUUUGACAGCCGGCGAUCUCGGCCACUGUGCAGGACUUGAGAUUGAUGACAAUGGUUAUGUUAUUGACAAUGACGGCAACAAGGUCGGCGAGGUUACUCUUCUUGAAAAUAUCGUGGAAGAGGAGCCCGAAGAAGAAAUGAGUGAGGAGGAGUUGCAGCGCAAGAAGGAUGCAGAGCUUGCUGAUAAGAUGGCUGCGAUCUGCCAGCAGACACUUGAGAGAGUCCAACCCGUCUGCAAGCAAAUUACUGAGCAUAUUGAAGCCGCGGAUCGAACGCCGAAGGAGGAGCUUGAUGAGGAAGAACUUGUCAACAACGUCAAGCCACUCAUUGAGGAAGGCUCUCGCAUCCUUAACGAGUGCAAUGGUUCACUUCGUGGCCUUGAUCCUGAUGGUCGCAUAGCGGCUCAGGCUAAGGGCCGUGCAGCUACCCGCGAAGCAACACCGGAAGAAUAUCGUCUCGCUGAUCUGCUCAAAGAACUCACCACAACCGUUGUGCAGACGAUUGACAAUGCGAAGAAGAAGCUUCAGAACAUGCCUCAUGCUAAGAAGAAGCUCAACCCGUUGUGGGCACUACUCACCGAACCACUUUUCCAAAUUCUUGCCGCCGUUGGCUUAUUGCUGGCCGGUGUUCUUGGCCUCGUCGGUAGACUUCUUAGUUCACUUGGUCUUGGCGGACUUGUUAAUGGUCUACUUGGUGGACUGGGUAUUGACAAGCUGCUUAGUGGUCUUGGACUAGGAAGUAUCACGGAAAGUUUGGGCGGUGGAAAAGAUAAGAAGAAGGGUGGUGGUGGAGGCUUGCCAAUUAUUGGCGGACUUUUAGGCGGAGGAAAGUAA